UUUACUUCGAAGUUCAGUGACAGCUCAAUUCACUUCCAUUAAUUUCUCCAGCAUUCAAAGAAGUAAGCCGGUUUCUAAAGGACAAUUGCUGUAGAAAAACUAAAGAAAAUGCUGCUUUUCAAAGUUUUGCCGGUGUUUUUGCUGGCCUCAGUUGCGUUGGCCAAGGAAGAAGACGUUUUGGAAUUGACCGAUGCCGAUUUUGAUCAAAAACUCGCUGAACAUGAUACUGCCUUGGUCAUGUUUUAUGCUCCUUGGUGUGGCCAUUGCAAACGUCUUAAACCAGAAUAUGCGAAGGCCGCUGAAGACCUUUUAGCAAAUGACCCACCUGUUGUCUUAGUUAAAGUUGACUGUACUGAAGGUGGCAAAGAAACAUGUAACAAAAACUCUGUCAGCGGUUACCCCACUUUGAAGAUCUUCCGUAACGGUGAAGUUUCACAGGAUUAUAAUGGGCCUAGAGAAGCCUCAGGCAUUGUAAAAUACAUGAAGGCCCAGGUUGGCCCAGCUUCCAAGGAAAUCAAAUCAUGGGAAGAGUUGGAGAAAUUCCUAAGCAAUCAAAAAGAAUCUUCAAUUAUUGGGUUCUUUGAGAAAGAAUCUGACCUUAAGGGCGCCUUUUUGCAGUUGGCAAACAAACUUAGAGAAAAAAUGCAGUUUGCUCAUUCUACUUUCAAAGAUGUAUUGGAAAAGCAGGGUGUGAAAGAUGGAGUUUUUAUCUUUAGAGCAAGUCACCUGAAAAACAAAUUUGAACCAGAAACUGUUGAAUACAAAGGAGCAGCUGAAAGUGCUGAACUUAAUGACUUCAUUACCAAUAACUUCCACGGAUUGGUAGGUGUUCGUAAAUCCGACAACCAACGUGAUUUCAAGAACCCACUUGUGACUGUAUACUAUGGAGUUGACUAUGUAAAGAACCCUAAGGGAACCAACUACUGGAGAAAUAGAGUGUUGAAAGUAGCCAAAGAAUUUGAAGGAAAACUCAAUUUUGCUAUAGCCUCCAAUGCUGAAUUCACUCAUGAAUUAAACGAGUUUGGAAUUGAAGGUGCUGAUGCAGAAAAACCCAGGGUAGCUGCCAAGGAUGCAGCUGACAAGAAAUAUGUGCUCAGAGACGAGUUUUCUGUAGACAACCUGCUCGCCUUUGUGAAUGACUUUUUGGAAGGCUCCUUGGAACCAUACAUCAAAUCUGAACCAAUCCCAGAAACCCAGGAAGGAUCUGUAAUUACAGCUGUAGCUAAAAACUUUGAUGAAGUAGUCACUAAUAAUGGAAAAGAUACUCUCAUUGAGUUUUAUGCUCCAUGGUGUGGACAUUGCAAGAAAUUGGCUCCAGCUUAUGAGGAAUUGGCUGAAAAACUAAAAGAUGAAGAUGUUGCCAUUGUCAAAAUGGAUGCCACCGCUAAUGAUGUUACUGGUCCGUUUGAUGUAAGAGGAUUCCCCACUAUCUAUUGGGCACCUAAAGACCAAAAGGACAAGCCUGUCAGAUAUGAAGGUGGUAGAGAAGUAAAUGAUUUCUUGCAAUACAUUGCCAAGGAAGCAACAAAUGAAUUGAAAGGCUGGGACAGAAGUGGUAAACCUAAAUCAGGUGACAAGACUGAAUUGUAGAUUUAGUUCAGUGACUGGUAUUUUUUUCAAUAUCUUGACAUCAGUUUGGAUUUCUGGAGAUUCACGAUAAUUUUUUUGUAAAAUUUAUAUUUUUCUAUUCUUUUUGUUUUUUUUUUAAUUGUGUUAAACGCGGAUCCAGUCCACAAAUCUAAAACUGAUGUUUAAAAUUAAUAAAUAUUUGUGAUGGGUUGUAAGUGAAAGUACCAGUUUGUGUUUUGUAUUUUUAUAACGUGAAGAAAAUGUUUAAAAAUAAUCUCGGAUUUUUCCUAGUAUUAGUCGUUUCUUUUUUGUAUUUGAUAUUUUCAUUUUGAAGCUACCUAGAUCAGAGCUUUAAUACUUUGAAAGACAUUUAUUUCGAAAUGCUUAUUUACAUACAUAUGGAAAUUUGUUUGUGUGAAAUUUCUUGUGAUGUUAAAUAUUUAAUGAUUCAAAUAAAUUUACCUCCUUCUUUA